GGUGUGUGUGGUUUUAGUGGGUGGCGCUGCUAGACGAAGGAAGCCGCCUUGUGGCUCCCUCGCCGAGGAAGUCACCGCCCGACUUUUCAAGUUCCAUCCAAAGAGUCCGGACAAGCGUCGCACACACACACACAGGCAUACACACACACAGGCACACACACACAGGCACACACACAGACACACGCGUCAAGGCGGGACACUGAAGCGAACAGGGGAGAGGGAAGACGCACGGACAUAGUCUGAAGUAGGAGGCGUACACAGAGAGAGAGAGAAAGACAAGGGCGAGACAGACCGAGGACGGGAAGGGAAGACGAGAGUUAAAGUUGCAAUAAUCGUUUUGUUGCGUUGGAUAUCAUCAGCUGGGGCUGGCGGCGAGGCCGUGUGAGUGAGUUCGUGAGUGUCACUCACUUGUGGUCGCUGCUGUCAGAGUUGCCAUCUGCCGGCGCGUGUGUUAGUUGUGUUUGUGUGGUGCCAGUAUUUGUUUCUGGGGUUUUUUUUUAAGUUUUGUUAAUCGCGGCGGGGGCAAGACGAGCUUGGGGAGUUGAGAGCAGGAGAUGGCAGGCGCACAGCCCGGCGUGCAUUCUCUGCAGCUCAAGCCCAUCCAAGUGUCAGAAGACCUGAAGAAGGGAAACAAGUUCCUGAAAUGGGAAGAGGACUCCAACACGCUGGUCCCUGUGACGUUGGCGGUGGAUGACAAUGGACACUUUCUCUACUGGACAGAUAUGACCAAGGAAACGGAAUCUUUGGAAAUCACAAGCAUCCGAGACACAAGGACUGGGAAGUAUGCCAAAAUGCCAAAGGACACCAAGUUCCGAGACCAGGUGGAGGGCUUCACGGGCGUCGGAAUGGAGAGCCGGACCAUCACUGUGGUGCACGGCCCAGACCUCGUCAACAUCUCCUUCCUCAACUUCACCGCCUUGACCGAGUCCGUGGCCAAGGUAUGGACGGAUGAACUCUUCACUUUGGCUACGAACCUCCUCGCACAGAACUCAUCGCGAGAUAAGUUUUUGAACAAAGCAUACACAAAACUGAAACUGCAGUCGAAUACUGAAGAUAAAGUGCCAGUCAGAAGCAUUCUGCGCAUGUUUCCCACCGACAAGAAAAAGGUUGAGAAUGCUCUGAUGAGCUGUGAGCUUCCUUCUGGAAGGAACGAUAACAUCCCGAUAGAGACCUUCACAUACGAGGCGUUCUACAGCUUCGUCAACAAACUCUGCCCCAGGACCGACAUAGACAGCAUCUUUGCCGAGAGCGGCGCCAAAAAUAAGCCCUACAUGACGGUCGAGCAAUUUACGGACUUCAUCAACAGCAAGCAGCGUGACCCUCGUCUCAACGAGGUCCUCUUCCCUCCGAUGAAGACCCACCAGGUGCAGGCGCUCAUCGACAAGUUCGAGAGCACCAACCUCGCCAAGAAAGGCCAAAUUUCCGUGCUGGGUUUCCUACGGUACCUGAACGGAGAGGAGAAUGGCAUUGUCCCUCCAGAGAAGCUGGAUUUGAACGAGGACAUGACCCAGCCGCUGUCUCAUUACUUUAUAAACUCGUCGCACAAUACCUACCUCACGGGGGGGCAGCUCAAGGGCAACUCGUCGGUGGAGAUGUACCGCCAGUCCCUGCUCGCCGGGUGCCGUUGCGUGGAGCUCGACUGCUGGAAGGGACGCACGGCCGACGAGGACCCCAUCAUCACCCACGGCUUCACCAUGACCACCGAGAUUCCCUUCAAGGAGGUGAUCGAUGCCAUCGCUGAGACUGCCUUCAAGACCUCGCCGUACCCCGUGGUCCUUUCCUUUGAGAACCACGUUGAUUCCCCCAAACAGCAGGCCAAGAUGGCGGAGUACUGCAGGCUGAUGUUUGGAGACGCUCUGCUCGUGGACGUUCUUGACAAAUAUCCGCUGGAAUCUGGGGUGCCGCUACCCAGUCCUGAAGAGCUCAAAGGGAAAAUUCUCAUCAAGAACAAGAAGAAGAAGAUUUCCAAGGCGGAUACGGCCCGCAAGAAGCUGGAGGUGACGAACUCCAACACUCCGAGCGAGUCCAGCAUCGGGGACGUUCCUGCUUCAACUGCAUCUCCCAUAGGAGUGGAGCCAGCAGACAACUCACAGGCUCAAGCUACACCCAACGGCACAGAGAGAGUCGCCAAGAACACUGACUGGCAGAAGUCCACCAUGUUCAAGAAAUCCUUAGGUAAUUCAGGCGAUGAGGACGUGGGAAGCGAUGAUGAAGACUACAAUGAAGAGGAACUCAAAAAGGCCAACACAGAUGAGGGAACUGCAAGCAUUGAAGCAGGAGCCUCGGAAGAGAUGUCCAACCUGGUGAACUACGUGCAGCCCAUCAAGUUCGACUCGUUUGAGGAUGCCAAGAAGAGGAACCGAAACUACGAGAUGUCUUCCUUCGUGGAGAGCAAAGGCAUGGAGCAGCUCACGAAGUGUCCCGUGGAGUUUGUGGAAUACAACAAGACCCAGCUGAGCCGGAUCUAUCCCAAGGGCACACGAGUCGACUCCUCCAACUACAUGCCACAGGUGUUCUGGAACGCUGGCUGUCAGAUGGUGGCCCUGAACUACCAGACGUUAGACUUGGCCAUGCAGCUCAACAUGGGCAUCUUCGAGUACAACUGCCGCAGUGGCUACCUGCUCAAGCCAGAGUUCAUGCGCCGGGCCGACAAGCAGUUUGACCCCUUCACGCAGGACAUCAUCGACGGGGUCAUCGCCAACACCAUCUCUGUUAAGGUGAUCUCGGGCCAGUUCCUGUCGGACAGGAAAGUGAGCACGUACGUGGAGGUGGAUAUGUUCGGAUUGCCCGUGGACACCAAGCGGAAAUACAAGACUCGCACCAGCAAAGACAACAACUCCAUCAACCCGGUGUGGGAAGAGGACCCCUUUGUCUUUGAUAAGGUGGUGCUGCCCAGCCUUGCGUCACUUCGCAUCGGCGUGUUUGAGGAGGGUGGGAAGUUCAUCGGACAUCGCAUCCUGCCUGUGUCUGCCAUCCGCCCUGGUUUCCACCACAUUUGUCUGCGAAAUGAGAGCAACCAGCCGUUGAGUCUCCCUGCAAUUUUCGUUUUCAUUCAAGUCAAGGAUUAUGUCCCGGUCGCCUUUGAGAAUUUCAUCAGCGGAUUGUCAAACCCCAUAAUGUACCAGGGGUUGAUGGAGCAGCGAGCCAAGCAGCUGGAGUCUCUCACCAUGGACGAGGACCAGGUGGACAGUCAGGCUGCACCGCAGGCUCCUCAGACCCCACAGCGGCCAAGCCCAGGCCCUCGGCCUGACCCUGUGGCCGCACCGCGAGACAGACACAGGGCCAGCAUCACCAACCCGCCAGACUUGCUGGGCCUCGGCCUGUCCCCGAAAGUUGAUAAAAGAUGCAGCAUUGAUGAGCAUUUUCAAGCGGACGUGCGCCUCGCAAGUCUGGACGACCUUAAGUGCAACAAGCUGUUCAACAAGAUGUCCAAGCGGCACAUGAAGGAGCUGCAGGAUCUGCAGAAGAAGAACGGCAAGAAGGCGGCCGACCUGAUUAAGGAGCAGUCGUCGCAAUUGUCCGAAAUGCAGUCGGGCAUGCUCAAGAAGAGAGCGUCUUUUGAACGGCAACUCUUCAAGGGAAGGAGUGUGGAUUGCAAAGAGCCGUACGUGGACUCGGAAUUGAGCCGCUCCUUGACUGAAAUGCGGAAGAAGCAGCAGGAUGAUCUGGUGCUGCUGAGGCAGGAUCACUAUGCUCAGGAACUGCGCAAGAGGGGGCAGCACAAUGCACAGAUUUAUGAGAAGCUGCUGGAGCUGGCUCAAGAGAGCUACGCGAGCCUACAGAAGAAGCUGAAGGACGUGUGUGAGAAAGAGGAGAAGGACACGAGGAAGCAGAUGGACACGGUUCGCCAGGAGCAGCUGGAGAACGCCUCCAAGGAUGUGAAGGACAAGAAGGAGCUGGAGAGGCAAAAGAACCAGAUCAACACCAUGCACAUACAGGACACAGUUGUCAAGGUUAAAACAUUGCAGGAUUCUCAAGAAAAGCGAAAGGAAAGGAUUGCAAAAACGUACGAGCAACUCCUGAAGCAGAUUAAGGACGAGGAACAGAUGCAACUGAAGUCCCUGCAGAUAAAGUACGAGGAGAAGUUGAAGCGGCUGCCCACGGAGAUCAAGGACUACGUGGAGGGUGGCAUGAAGGGGCGGCUCCCCCAGGAGCCGGAGUUCUUCUUCCGCACAAACUCACGCAGCUCCUUCGAGGAGUUUGGCUUCUCGGUGUCGGUCGACUGCGACGACGACUCGGUGGUCACGCAGCUCUGAGUUGGCCUGCGGGAGCUCUCCGCUUCGCGGCCUUGGGAGACCGCCCCCUGGGUGGCUCUCUACGCGUGCCCCCUUCGCCAACGUGGCACCGAAUAUUCGCCCAAAGAAAAAAAAAAGCGAUCGCUGGUCUAGUUACGUACUCAACAGGACUUGAGGAAAUAACCGCUAUUUAUGUACAAAUUACUACUUAUUAGGCACAGUGUCCUUAGAAAUGAGGAAAAUGUUUUAAUUUGGAGUUUGUUGCCAAUGUCUUUUGAGUGGGGAAAUGAAGUUUUCUUGAUUUUUUUUUUUUCAAAAGAAGAUUAUAUAUUGUUGGUACUGCAAGUAGCUCGUUUUGCUCGAGUCUUUUAACGUCUGGUCUCAGCCAGGAAGCCGUGCGUGAUCUCGCUUGUGGAAAUGUUUUGGUUAAAGAAAUUGGACGAGCGCUGGUGAAACUCUCCUGUCGUGCAGUGCCGAGUCACCUUGGCAGGUUCGUGUGCGUUGUUGGGCUUUUCCUGCUGGUGUUUGACGAAAUGGGUCAGCUGCACGUUAUCUAUGUUGUGGUGCGACACUAGGUCAGCGUCCUAGGUGAGCGCAGUAAAUGAGUGGUGUUAAACGUUUGGAAUGACACCGUUCGUCAUUGUGCAUACUCGAUAAUUGCCGACUUAUUGUUUUCAAAUUUUGUGGGUUGUUUUGUCUCUCUGGUACUGAUAUCCUCCUGAGGUUAUUGCUGGCCUAAAUAGGUUUGGGAAGGGGUCAAAAUAAUGUUUUUUUGUGGGCAUGUAAUUACAGGACUGGAACAUGUCCAUGAUCCAGAGGCUGAAAAAAUGAAUGUGGGAAAUGCUUAUGUGCUUUUGUGCGUGUGGGACUGUUUGAAGGAGUGGAUUAUGUGGUCUCACUCUCUUGGGGAAAUUAACUCAUGUCUAUAAGGGUGGGACAGGAUGAUGCUGAAAGUGCUGCACCUUCAUAUACAACCGGUAUCAACACUUGCUGUGGCUUACACUUUACUCAGCAAAUCGGCAGUACAUCAUGACAUGUGCAGGCAUUAUACUUUAUUAACUCAGAUGAGGAUUGUUUUUUUCUUCCAUAGGAAUGUAAUUUACGGAACAGGGAAUAGGCACAUUAUUCAACUCGUCCGGUCAAUUCAAGAGCCCGGUCAUGCUGCUUGCCAUCGCAGCCUUAUCUUCCUAUCACGGCUGCCUACAUCAAAUGUCGAUUACUCACCUUGCUUCUUUCGAUGUCACCCAUGGUUAUUUCUUCCCGAACCCGUCUGCUAAGCCCACGCUACCUUACCCAAUGUGGUGGCAGCCAUCUGUUAUGGCAGCAGUCACAGCUGCCCCCACAGUUUUAUUUGAUCCGUCCUCAGUCACGAGACGCCUACUGUGAGAUGCGGUCAAUCAUGGUCAAGUUUAAACAACUGCUUCUUUAAUAUCCGCUAAAUGUAUUGCUCCAGUUCUACGCAAUGGCAAAUCACCGCAUAAUUGAUAUAACCCUCCACAUUGGAACGUGUGCCUCCCACACUUUCCCUUCAGCCAUAAACGGCAGUGUUCUCUUUCUGUCCACCAGGCGCACAUGCACUGACACAUGUUGUUAACCUGCCAGACAGUUCUGUUAACUGCUAUUAUUUAAAUAAUCACCGUUCACCUCAAUGUUCAUAUUCAUCAUCGGAGUCCUGGGGAGUUUGGGGUCCAUCAGUCACCUUUUAAGACUCCGCCACGGUGAAAUGAUUCGCAAGCGAGACUUGGAAUCCAGAGGUCGCCGGUCAGCUCUCCCUGUGCGACAAUUCAUGUAAUGCGCACAUUUCUUGGUCUGUCCACCACUGUCCACAAAGAAUUAUAAAUAGAUUCAAGACAUUUAGUCGAUUGACAGGUCGCGUCCGCUGGGGAAGGGGGGUUUGGAAAUUUCCUCGUCUUCCAAGACGCCAGUGUGGAAGAGUAGGCCAAAGUUCCGUGCGGAAGGGCACUUUAAAGAUUCCUGUGGUGGGGACCUGCCCCCCCUUCCACCAGCAGUGGCACGGGCAACGAAUUGCAGAACCCUUCCUUGCCUUUUGUCACCUGUGAAGCUUUGGUACUGCAGUUGUGUUUUAAUCUGUGGCAUCGCUCGUGGAACUAGUUAAGAGUGAAGGGAUUGGCCACUAGCUGAACAAGUCGUCCGCAUGUCUCGGUCUCAAACCCUUCACGAACUUCUCCAUGGACACAGGGUACCCGUAGCAAGGAGAGACCAGCCUUCGUCUGACAAACCCUAUACAUGUUUCACACAUUAUUGCAGUUUGUCUAUAUUACACAAUCUAAGGCAUUUACAAUAAAAAAGGAUUAGGUAGUUGAACUUAAAGAUGUUUAUGAUCAUCUUUAAAAGUUCAGAUAGGGAAAUAUGCCGUUUCAUGUUUUAUAAGUUUUUGUUUAUGAUACUCUGAGGCAAUUUGACCUGUUAUAUUUUAUAUAAAUAUACAUUUACAGAGGUAAUCUAUCAAAGAGAAAUACCUCUUUCCCCCUUGAUUUUAGAAUUGUGAAGAGAUGCAUGCUGGUCAGGGUUUAGCACGUCAUUUAGCAUGGUACUGAAGUGGUCUUAAAUAAGAAAUAUUAAAAAAAAAACUUUUUUU